AGCGCUCCCGCAUAGCCAGAAGAAAACGCUACUCCGUCUCUCUGCAGCGGCACACUAUUAUACUCGUCGGGCUGGGCGCGAGUACCUAUAUAGAGAGCGCGUGCAGCAGCGGCGCAAAUCGCCGUCGCAGUCAGUGUCGCGGGUGCGUGCGAAAAAGACAGACGAGCAGCAGUAGCAGCCUCCUCUCGUCAUCUCGCGCGCGUAUAAAGGAGAGAGAGUAUAUAGCUGGCGGUGCACGUAUGCACACACACGCGCGCGCGAGUUCCGAGAAUCCGAGCAUGAUGGAGACAAGAGUGCGCGGUAUCGGCCGGGACGACGAGCUCCUCGUCGAGAAGUCAGCUCGGUGAUCGUCGCGUCGAGAGCAGAAGCAGCCCAGCAGCAGUAGCAGCACCGGCCAUCUUGGAAACGGCGGCACCCCGCGCCUCGUCGGUGCUCUCGACCGAAGGCCUCCUCGUCCUCGCUCUCCGUACCCUCGUCAAGGAGCUUCGCGGCGAUAUGAGGCUCGCGGCCUAAGUUCUCGCGCGACUCGCAGUCUUGCGGCGGGCCUUGCUGCGGUCGGCGCCGAGGAGAGAAAAAUCGAGGCUCGGAGGAACGUGGCGCCGAGGCGCGAUCAUUACGGGCCUGCGCUAGCUCUCCGCUGUGUACUAUAUAUACACACGAGGGAGGGAGUGAGUGCGUGUGUGCGGAGUGCGAGUCUCGUAUCUUACCCCGUGUGCAGUGUCGUGGGAUCGCGUGAGAGCGAGUCCUCUCUUUCGCUCGCUCGCCUGCACCCUUGUGUUUUUUCCUGCGCGGCCUGUGUGUGUGUGUUUUCGGCGAGCGCGAGGUGUAAACAAGCGCCGGACUCCACGGCAGCGGAGCGCACGCUGGGAUCGAUCGUUCGCGCGCGAGUGUUACACACGCACGCAGGGCCUGCAUCGCGAAGAGAGACGACGAGCAGCGCAGCUAUACUUCUCGCUCUGUCUGUCUCUCUCUUACCUGCGCUGCUCGUGGUGUAUUAUACGCACGAUACAGCUCUCCUGGCUGGUUGCGUGAGUAGGUAGUGCGCGCUGCACGAGAAAAAAAAUAGGAGAAGCUCCGCAGACGACAGACGGCCGGGAAGAGAGACAGAGCUGCUGGCCACUCGACGCGCGCGCGUCCAAAGUGAGGUUAGGUGUCUCUCUCUCUCUCUCUCUAUCUCUGUCCCAGGAGGUGGAGGAGCACAGUGCGGAGAUUCCGUGUGCAUCGUGUGCGCGCAGCCGAGAAGGGCUCGAGUGUCGUGUAUGUGUGUGUUUGUGGAGUAAGAGAAGAGAGGAAGAGGACUGCGCCAGUGCAGUGCGUCGGUUCGGGAUGCGCGACGGUGUUGUCGACGGGUCGCUGAUGCACGAGGAGCUACCGCCACCGUCGUCAUCGUCGGCGGCCUCCCGAUGACCUUGACUCGGUUUCUUCCCCACCCCGCCGGUGGCCGUUAGCCAGCAGCAGCAGCAGCAGCAGCAGCAGCAGCAGCAGUAGCAGUGGCAGCAAAAGAUGCAGCCGUCGACAAGCAGCAGAGACUUCUCGCCGACGACCACUACUACGAAGACGACGACGAUUCCCUGAUCAGCUUCGUGCUCCCGUGUACAUAUCCGAAUUUAUGUGUAAAGCCCGGGCCGAAGGGAAGAGCCGCUGCAGUGCAUCGUCCCGUAUUGUCGAGCAGCCGAAGACUAGACAGAGAGAGACUCAACUUCAGACUGCGAGAGUGUGAGUGCGAAUAGAGACAGAGACAUCAUUGAGCUGCUAUAGUGAUGACGAGCAGUAGUCGUAGUGAUAGUAGUAGUAGUAGUGAUAGUACUAUAGUAGAAGACUGUGAGUGAGAGAGAGAGAGAGAGAGAGAGAAAAAAAGAUAGCACACAUCAGGGCAGCAGCCGCCGCCACCGCCGCCGCAGCAGCGCCGUGCUCGUCGUGUCGAUCGCUAUGAAAAUGGCCCCAGGACCGGACCACCAGCGGCAGGAGCCCGUGGCACCUGACAAGAGCAGCGCCAGCAGCAGCAGCAACGCCUCCUCCUCGUCUGCUUCUUCUUCUGCUGCCACGGCAGCCGUGGCUUCGACCUCCUCCUCAUCCGUUCCAUCUACUUCGUACAGCUCCGCGCCGGUAGCGGGCACCUCCUCGUCGUUCUGCCCCAGCUCAACAGCGGCGAUCUUCCUCGCGUCCGAAGCUGAGACUAGCGCUGCUGGCAACCAGGAGGCCGCACUGCCGAUACUCAAUAACGCUGCCCUCGUCGACAGCAAGCAGGAAGAACCUGCAACACUGUCAACCUUAAACGAAGGAGAGUUGCGAGCAUUGUUGGAUGAAGCAAUCACAUACAAAUGUCCCAAAGAUCGUGAAGGAAAAUCCAAUCUUUUUAAGGAACUACUUCAAGAAGCGGAAGCCGACGAGAGCGAAGAGAGCCGCUGGACAGUGACGAGUGGCAGUAGUGGCGGCUCAUCGCGCUGUCUGCCCGGUUCGAAUCGCAGCCGACGGCACAAGCGAGAUUCUGUCUCGGAGCACCUGACGCACGGGGGCUCGCUUCAGAACUUAGCGCGCGAGCCCGGCUGCAACUCCGAGUUCGACGCUUACCUGGCCUCAGGCUCUUCGCACACAUACGCCGCCGGCAGGCGUAAACAGAAGAAGCACACCGGACCCAGCGUCUCCGCCAGGCAACGGGAAGGUGGUUCGCUGCCCUCCAACGUCAACGCCACCCACACGCUCGCAUCCCUCGCCAACUUCGACCUAGUCUUCGAGAAGAAGAAGGGUUUAUCUGAAGAGAAAUCUGCAUACGAUUGGACUAAUAAAGAAAAAUCCAAAUCUUUGGAUAAACCUUCGUACGAUCGUUAUUCUAAAAAGGAAGAAAAAGAAAAGGAUAAAAAAGAUAUUAAAUUAAGUGGUUCAUGUGACAUUGAAAGCGAGUUGCGCGACAAACGAAACAGUAACAGGGUAAAGCUUGGAACAAAUGAGAUGCUCGAGUCAGACAACCCACCUCCAGUAUACAAUAAACAAGAUUGUAUAGAGAUCAGUCUGGAUGAUUUCGAGGAAAGUGCUGCAAGCGAGCGAAAUGCUUCAGCCGCGCUCGGAGGUGUUCAGAGGCCUCGCUCACUGGACGCAGAGGAUGACGAAGGAACUGAAAUGAAAGUUAUCGAUCACCGCCGGCAUUUACAGUUCAUAUCGCGUGCAACCAUCGAUAUACCUCAGACCCCUGUCGAUUCGACCAUUGAGUUUCCAACAUUUCGCGAACACACCACUAAGCUGGAGAAGUCAAAGAUCAAUGCUAAUGGAACGGAGGGGACGAGUUCGCUUCCCUUUCCGCCAUAUAACAACAACAUAAAAUGUGUCAUGAGUGGACCCCCAAAUGUUUACUCUGUGAUGUCCUGGCCGUCACCUAAUAUUUCUAUGGUUUCUAGGCUUACAGCGCAACACAUUGCGGGAAAAGAAUCGUCUUUAUCCGGAGAGAAAAAGUCACUUGAUGAAAACGGCAACUCCGUUCAAAACUACAACGGAGAACGAAAGAAAUCGCGACGAAAGAAUGCCCAAGAGCCGAACGUCAUAGUCUACCAAGCCGAGAACGUAAAGGGUCACAGAGACGACGAUAUCGAUAGUUUAUUAAGUUUCAUUGAGAACAAAGAAUGUAAGAGUAAAAAAGGCAAGACCAGUAAUACUGUUAAAGUAAAAACUGCAUCGAAUACAAAGUCGAGAUCUCGGGAUAAUAAAGAUAUUAAAAGGGAACAGAUACCAACGAAAUUGCAAAAGUCAAAUUCUUUAGAGGAAAUUUCAAAGACCAAACUCGAGGAUCUUACUACAGAACAAAGCGCAACUUCUAGUGGAUCUAGCAGUGUAUCCAGCCAACAUGGUUCGAUCAACAUAGCUUUACGUCGUGCAAAGCAGCGUAGUACUGGCGACGCAACUGCAGUCGAUUCUCGAGGCGAUCGUAGAUCCUGGGGUACAGAGGAAGGUCAGGCCAUUUACUGCAAUGACACGGGUGACGAUUAUAGUAGUCGUCGAAAUUCUGUAAAAAAGGCAAAUACCGAACACGAAGCUGAAACCGAGUUUCACGUUGUUACUAAUAAGAAGAAAAAGACCAAGAAACAACGUAGAAGUUCUAGUGGAGGUAGAGCACAAAAUCUUUCUGGCUCUGGAUCAUAUCUACAACGCGGCAGAGGUUUCUCUAACGAUUAUAGAACGCCUUUAUCCCCUGAACUUAGACGAAAAUCUGCUAGCAGCAUGCCUCCAAGUGAUAAAUCAGAUAGCAGUGACUUAGAUUCAGUUCAUUCACUGCCUGUGACAUCAAACUCCAAACAUAAUUCUUCGAAGACUGCUACUUCAUCAUCGAAUGCACCACAGGCGAGCUACGCUGAUAUUGCACGUAUGGCAACCUUGAAUAUGUCGGGAGGGCCAGUUAUUAACAUAUCGAAUUUAAUGCCAAGCAUGAUCAACACGACAUGGCCUAGCGUUGCUUCAUCAAAGAGCAAUGCCGAAACAGAGAAACUUCCCAACGAUUAUUACCCUAGCUUAGAUGAGUUGCAACACUCAGACAGAAAAAUACGACAACAUAACUUUAGCCAGCAAGGUGGGAGUCUUAGUCUCGACAAACCACCAUCACCGACCAUGCCGAAAUCUAAGACAUCACCUGAAAGCAGCAAAAAAACAGAGGCACAAGAUGAGGCCAUAAUCAAAGUUGUCAAAUAUGUGCAGGAUAUAGAAAAGAUGCAACAAAGUCAAUUGCAGCAGGAAAAUAAACAGUCAAGUAACAAUUCUAGUCCAAAUUCAAACGAGACAACACCUACUAAUCCACUGCCUCCCAAAAUACCCGAACCGCUGUCAAACUAUUCUCCUUCACCGGAUUCAGAAAGUAACAGCAAUGGUGAAAGCAGCAGAGACUCCAGUGCCAAUUCGAAAAAUAACGGUACAAGAGUACGUAAGAAUCACUCGCAAAAUUCUAGCUCCGGUAUACGUGAUUAUCCUAUACUUCAAACACAGAAGGAUGAAUCGCGUGAUACCGUAAAAAUUUCAAGCUCUCAACUUGAAGAAAACGUAAAGCCGUCUAAUAGUCCAAAUCAAUCAUUAUCAGAAGAUAGAGAAGUAAAGAAAAUGACGAAUGUAUAUAAUACAACGGCAGGUUCGUCCGAAACUAUUGAUUCAACAAAGUCCAGGAUAACUAAUAAUAUUAAGCCGGUUCAGCAAUUCCGACCUAGUAUUGAUACUGAUACUAUUCGUGUAAAUAAAAUUGAAAGGCUACCAAAAGCUUCUAAAGAUCAAUCACAGGUGAAUCCUAAAGAUACUUCAAAAGUAUCAUACCAGCAACAGACUUUGAGCAACCGGCAGGACAAACCAGUUGAUGAUACUGAAAACAAAAAGUCAAAGCAAUCAAACUCCACUACUAAGCUCGAAAAGGAACAAAAAGUUCCAGAAAUACAGAUGUUGAACAAAUCAAACUCUUCUACAGCAAGUAUAACGAGUAUAACGAGUACAGCGAGUGCAGCGAGUAGUGCACGACCAGCAGUGAUUCUUCUAGACGAAAACAUUGCUGAUCAAUCUAGAAGCUUGGACUCAGAAUUUAGUGAGCUGACUUUUGGCUUUGAAGUCAAUGAACAACUUCUUUUGUCAGAAGAAGAAGAGGAGGAAGAAGAAGAAACCCCAACGGCUAGUCCGGACUUGUCACGUUUCUCAAAUUCGCCGCCAAACUUUUCUCGACAGCCACCCAUGUUCGACAAGCACGUUAGAGUUGACAAAUUUAAUCCGAACUUCCCGAUGAACCCAUAUAUACCUGUUCAUCCGAUGCCCUCGAUUAUGGUUCAGACGAUGUCGUACAUGGGCUGCCCAGUGAGAUUUCAAGGUCCAUAUGUGCUACCUCAUCCGCAUCCAUCACAACCAGUCAUUGAAAAGUGCCGAAAUCAACCAAAGGAGGACUUUUCUUCGCGUUACAUUGCCCCUGAUGAAAGUCACGUACAAAAUUUUAAUCAUGACAAGAUUGUUUCCUUUGUUGGAUUAGCUUGGGACGACGUGAUGCGAGAAACAGGGUCAGCAUCAUCCGGCCGUGUGCAGUACUAUAGUGGACAGUGAGGAAAACUUCACAAACAGUAGACGAAUAGUAAAUAAAGUGCUUUUACACAAUUCAAACAGAAAUCACACUACAUAAUUAUACGUACACUUUCACAGGCAUUAAUACAUACAUAUAUUCUUACAUACAUUUUAUUCGUAAUGAAAACUGCCUUGUUUGUCACACGUCUGACGUUAGUGCUCGUUUAGUGCUGGUGCGACCAAAUCGUCUGAACUUCAUGAAGUGACCAAGAGUAAAUGCACAGUUGAACUGUGCCCGAAAAAUAAAAGCGAAAAAAACGAGAACUUUGUUGAAAUGAAACGCAGUCAUGUAGAAGAAUAUAUUGAUUCAAGCAGUGAAAUAGAACAUUGAAUCAACGAAGCCAAGUGGCGCAACCCAGUGCCUCAGGAGGUAGUAGUGUACAUAUGCGUGUGAAAACGAUAGCAAGUGCAUGCAACUAAAAAAAAUUAAUAAAAAAGAAGUAGGAGACUUAAAAUUCUUGAAUGAAAUGUACAGUGCCUCGUGGCAACGAGCAGAGUACCCAGAAGUAAAGCAUUAAUAUAUUUGUAGGGUUCACACGUCAGUCACUUCUAUUUAUCGAAAAUAUAGACAUUAUAAUUCGAUAUUGAGGAAAUCAAAAGUUCGGGACAUUUUAGCACUGUUAGAGAAUUGAAAAGGUCAUGAAAAGGUACCUUUUUACGUAUAGACACUGCGAAUGUAUAUACUUUAAUAAGGUUCCCUCUGCGAGGGAAAAAUUGUCGAAGAGCUUAGAAGUGAAAUUGGAUGAGUUGUGGUUUUCGCGUAAUAACGGGAAUCCAGAUAGACAAUGGUUUCUGAACUGAUGGAACUUAAGAUUCUUGAAAAAUGGAGUUAAUCUGACUAUCGUGAAUAACCAUAACACAGAGACAGUGAAAGUAUCUCGUAAAUACUUCCUAAAGAAAAAAACUAUAAAACAAUGUCAACAAUCGCUUUUUUGUGCAUUGACCGAUUUUGUGAAAAAUAAAAACUGAUUUAUGAAGCACUGCGCUUAACGGUAUAGUGCAGAAUAAAAAUAAUUAAACGUUAAAAAGCGAGAACGAAAUAAAAAAUAUGUGAAAGGAGUAAUGCGUACGAAAAAUGAUAAAUUUUUACAAAAACUCGCUCAUUCAAUGAAUAUAAAUAACUAAUUUUUAAGUAUGCGUAAAUGGUAAAGGAUAAAAUGCGCUUGUGAUUGAUUGCUUGAAGAGAGAAAUCACCUUUAGAAAUCGUUGCGCUAGUUAGUUUUGUUAUGUUUUGUGAAAAGAUUGCUGUUCACAGAUUUGCUAGAUAAGUUCACCCAAUAAGUCUGUGUCCUUCGCAACAUAUAGUCUGUAAAUAUAUAAAUAUAUAUCUUUAAGGGAGAUGGAAAGACUAUUCGUAAAAAGAAAAGAAACUUUUUCCUUCCUAUUUGACUGUAAUAUAAAACAAGGGAAACUUUAAGUAUUACAAGUGAAAAUUCCUGGAAAAUAAUGACACUUGUAUCAAAUACAUAAUGCAUAUAUGGACAACUUUUCGCAAUACUUGAACAAUUUGUUAUUUCAAAAAUUACACUUUUUUUAAAUAUUUAUAUUGCAAAUAUUAAAAGGAGAUACCAAGAGUAACUUUACCGUUUGAGCUGAUAAAUUAUGAUGAUUGAUAAAUUGUUUAUGGAUAAAGUAUGUUUAUUCAAGGUUUAUAAAGUCAUAUUGAAAUGUACAAGAAAGGUAUUAAAAUUACGUUAAAGUCACGGUGAUUUGAUACAUGUGCACGUUUCUUUUGCUGCGCGUUCAUUUAAUAUUAACGUCACAUAUAACAUAGUAUGAGUCGUAACGAAAAAUGUCCAAUGUCCAUGUAAAGGUUUCAGCAAUGUAGAAAAAAGAUACGGGUACUUCAAGUUUAAGGGAUUUCCCAUUGUGCCAUGUAAUUUAUGUCUUAGCGAGCAAUCGUGUCGAGGCAUAAAAUUUUGUAAAGUGAAAAAGAAACAAGAGAAGGUAAACAAAUUUGUUCAGUAAACUGGCUUUAAUGUUCAACAAACAAGUGCCUCGCCAAUGAUUGCUAUUUUUAUUUUGUUUUUUUUUUAUAUUAUUAUUAAAAUUAUUUACUAGUUACUGGCGUGUACAUAUUAAGAGUGAAUUUGAAAAAAUGAAAUUUUCUUAGUAGCCCGGAAAACAUUUUUUUUUUAUUAAUUUCUUUUUGCAAAAUGUCUGAUUGACGAAAAAAUUGAUCAUUUCAAAAUUAAUAAGUGUUUAAAAAAAUCUACAAAUUAUUAUUAUUUUUUAAAUAUUGCACAGAUGAUUUUCGAUAACUUUUACAUAUAAGAAAGAAAUUAUCUAGUAUCCAAGAAUAUUGAAGUAAUUGUUUCUGAAGUUAAUUUAAUUGGAUAUAAUUAAACUUAAGAUUAAAUUUUUUAAAUUCUAGAAUUUCAGUUUUGUUUUUUUUUUAUAAUUGGCAUGAUUUCUGCGCAAUAUUUUAAAGUUAAUAGUUGUAUUGUUAAAAAGCAAUUUAUUUUCAAUAGAACAUUAUAGUUUUCCUGUAGUAGAAGUAUAUUUUAAUCCUGGAAAAUUAAUUUAUAAAAAUCAUAGUAUUAUAUAAAAAAUAUAUUUUAAAUCUUAUUUCAAGUGUGAAUCCGAAAUCUUAGAAAACAGCUUGUGGUUUUUCUAGGGCAGUUAAAGUUAUUUCUUUCGUUUGUUCGGGGACACAUGGCAAAAGUCAUGGAUUUUGUCACUUUAAACGGUUACAUCCAAUUCUAACAAUGAAUUAUGUCGACGAAAGCAAAACGAUGAAUCUUGCAAAUGUCUUUGAACAGUAAUCUUUUUAUAUGCGAGGAAUGCCCAUCGAUAAAAGAAACUCGAAAAACAAUUAAAUAUUAAUACUUUAAUGAGUAAUGCUUUAUCGUGGAAAUGUAUGCUUUGAGAAAAUUAGUUAAGAAAAAAACGUGAAUGCGUUUUUAGUAUUAAGCGCUAAUCAAUUACUAAUUCGUUAGGUGAUUAUUCUUUUUUUUUGACAUAUUUUUUUGUUUUUUUUUUUAAGGUUAUAUGAAAAUUCUUAAAUAGAAAAUGCUCUUUGUUAUUGUUUCCCUCUUUUUCUUUCAUUUUUUUGAAAAAUGAAGUGUAAGAAGUGAGAAUAACACGCACUAUACGUUUAUUAAAAUUGUUUUUAUUAACAAAUUAUUCAAUAUAGCUUCGAUAUGAAUACAGUAAUUCUCUCCUUACGCACUUUUUAUUUUAAAGAAAAUGGAGUUACUACUAUUUUCGAAGUGUUCAAAAUCUGCAUUUUAUCAUAUCGUUGUGAUAAUUUUUCGAAACGAUAAAACUGGUAUUAUGUAAACAUAUACAAAGUUCAUAGUUAAUUCAAUGAAUCAAAUCUUGUUAUAUAAUUUUAAAUAAAAAUGUCUAAACUUCAAAUGAUAAAUUAUUUUAUGAAAUUUUAUGAAAGAUGUUCAAACAAAUACAACUUGAGAAAUUACGCAUCUGAUAUAGUUUUCAAGAUUAGUAUGUAUUUUCUUGUUAUAAACGUUGUUUUCAAAGUAUCUCUACUCUAUUGAAGAAAGUCUGUAAUGUAUAUUAACAAAACAAUUACUUUCUUACUCUAUUCUAGAUAUUUUCAUUAAUAUGAAAUUGAUAAACCAGCAAAAGUUAUAAUGUAAAAGAAAAACUGCAAUAACAAACUAUUCAGAAUGAAACUUCUUUAUUUACAACUUUAUAUACAAUUAUUCGAUCUCAUUGCAUCAUAAAUUUCAAGUACUUCGAACCUCGCGAUGACAUAAAUCUGUUUUUAAUUUCACAUUCAUUACAUAAAAAUUCAUUCUCGUAGAAAAACAACUCAACAAAUUUUUUAGCGAUAUACUUUUCAUUUUAACGCGCAAGAUAAAGUCACCUUUGUCGCAAAUUAAUAAAAGAAUGUCAUGAACUUACGACGUAUACGUGUAACGAAAUGAAAAAAAAAAACAUAUUAAAAAAGAAAAAAAGAAAUCGACUCGUACUUUCUUUGGCAGUAAACAAGAAAAGCAAGCUUCCUUUGGCGCACGUAAAUUCAAUUGCAAGAGAUAAAUUCGUGCGUUAAGUCGAGAGAUUUUUAUGCCUAUGGAAAUUCUUGUUACCUUUUUUUCAUGCUGUUUUAUUCGACAAAGUAAUCCAAUGCAGCAAUUCCACGGAAAAUUCAGUCGAAUGCCUGAGAUACAAACCAUUAACCCGACAGUUCGUGAUAAGCUUAAAGCUAUUGCUGUCAUCUUUUGUAAAUGUGAUUUGUUAUAGUGAUGCGACUAGAUUGAUGUUAAAUAUUUAUUUGUAUUUUAACAACAUCAAUUUUUCAUAAUUUUGUAAGUUCUUCAUUGACGCUUUUGUUACGUAUAAAGGUCUGCUUGACAAGAUUUCUUUCAAUAUCAAUCGUUUUCGAUAUUAGCAUUAUAUUAUACACUGAUAUUUCAUUUUUUCUAAAUAAUCAAAGUAACAAGUUACACAGAGCACAUAUUUUAGAUGACUGAUCAUUAAUUUAUCCCAAUUUGGAAGGACUGAUAAGGCAUGUAUCACCUCUCUCGAUCGAAGACUGUUAAAAAAAAUCAAUAAACAAAAAAGUAAAAAAAAAUGUGGCUAAAAAAGGAAGAAACAAAGUGAAUGCGACUCGGUUAACUUUGUAAAGCUGUAUAAUUUGUUAUUAGGUGUUGAACACUUUUUCCAUAUUGUGUAUAUAUAUAAACGCGCAUUAUUAAACGAUUAACGGUCAAUGUCCAAUAAUCAGAAAAAACUUAUUCGACUAUACUAUUUAAAAUAUUGAUAUUACACAUAUACAUAAACAUGUAUUCACUAUGUCUAAGUAUAUGUAUAAUUCAGAUGAUAUAUAUUACAUAACUGAAGUUAAUUGAAGAUACGUGCGAAUGCGUGCCUGAUAUAAAAUGAAAAAAAAGAAAAGUUACGUGUCAAGUAUGUGUAAUUGUGUGAAUCAUAUGUACAGAAUAAUUAUUAUUAUAAUAUGAUUAUUAUGAUUAUUAUUAUAUGUGCAUAGAUAAGUGGCUUUAAUGCCCGACCGUACGUGAAAAAAAUAAAUUGGACGAGCGAAUGCGUGUUUAAUGUAUGAGAUAAUGUGCGAAAGGGAGAGACGAGGAACACGAAAGGAUUAUCGUUGCCAACCUUAAGUACGUUGCCAAAGUCCCUUUGUGGGUUGAGAGAAGCCGGCGUAUUGGCGGGUUAACGAAACUCUUGUGCCCUAAUUCAAUAAUCAUUUAUUUUUUUGUCUUAUUGGAGCGUUCACACUUUGUUCAUUUGCGCUUCAUGUUAUAGUGUUAGGAUUUAGCUCGUAAAGAGGGAUAUGCGUUGAUGAAAUCUUAAAAGUACCAUAUAAUUAAUAUACGAAAUUAUUAUUUAUUUGCACACAAAAAAAUCAUAGCAAAGAUUCCAGAUCUUACGUUUUUAAUAUCGUAGCUUUUUGUACAAUAAUUCAACUUGUAAAAAACAUUCUUGUCAAGAAGAAUUUUAAGUCUAAAAUUUUAAUAGAAUUGAUUGAAUGCGUAGAGUACAUGGAAUUUUUUCAAUAAUUUUUUUCGCAAGUGCACCUUACGAUUAAGGGAUGUUUUAAGCACAACGUGUUAUUUUGUAUUAAGUAAGAAGAAAGUAUACUUAAGUUAUUUUAUUACACUUAUUAUUUAUUUAAAAAUCCUAGUUAAAGUACGUACGUAAUGAUUUCACUAGCGCAUUACCUAGGAUAAAAUUAAUCGGAACUUUUCACUUUAAAGUUUUCAUCUUUUGUUUUCUUUUAUACAAAAAAAAAAAGUAAAACUUUCGCGGAUGCGAAGUAAAAGAAAUCGUCGCCGCGAAGUACAAGCGCAAGAGUUUCUUGUGAUGCUUUUACGCGCUUCUUGAGGGAGCUACGUUUCUGGAUCUACAUAUGCACACGGCGUUAGGAGUUGCUGAACAAAAAAAAAUAUACAUAAUAAUAAACAAAUAAAAGCCUAAUUGCACGAAUUGUCUACAAAACGUCGGCAGUUCGCUCUUUUGUACUUUUGUCUUUGUCGCAUAUCGUGUGAGACCAUGCGUGUCAUACUUUAAAAGCAUAAAAUAUACAGUUUCCAGCAGAGUAGCUCCCGGCCGUCUCUAACUACUUUGUUAUAUUAAUCUUUAAAUAAAAGCGAAUAAUAAAAAUAUAUGAAAGCUCUAUUUCGUGCAAAGCUAACGUCAACAGAAAAAUCACGGAUAUAGAUCAUAUAUACAUGUAAUAUUGUGUAAAAUAAAUAAGGUGGUUUUUUGAGCGAAAAAAGGAAACGACAAAAAAAAAUCGUAAAAAAUACAAUAAGGAAAAUCGAAAAUACGUUUAAAUCUUAAAACUACAGUGAGAGGAAAUAAAAUAAAGAGACAUUUUCUCCCUAUAUGUACGACAAUUGAGGGAUAUUAAAGGGAUUAAAAAAAAUAAUAAUAAUAAAAAGUAGUGUCGCUAUAUUGGCCUUUAAUGCUAUAUUUUAUCUGCGACUCAUACAAGCUUUGCGUACGGUACUGUGAUAUGUCGCUGUUUAUUCAUUUUUGUUGCACACGUUCAAAUGCCACUCUCAUGCUGGGAAAAUUCAGCGCUUGUUAACUACAAUUAAAAAAAAAACGGUAAUGAAAAAUGGUGUACUUGAAGUGUAUAAGCAAGAUGCAUAAUGAAUGUAAGAGUGAACGAACAAUGAAGGAGUGAGUUUAAGGACCGGAGAGAAAGCGCGAGAAUGAAGGAGAGAGAACGAAAAUUAGCGAAAUAGAUUUAGAGGAGAAAAGAGGAAAAACUUCGCAAAAAAGGAAACGUCGAAGGAUCAAGCGAGUAAUCAGACCGAAAUCUUGUAAUCGGAAUAAUUGAUCAAUAAAAUGAAACAUACAUCAAGAAAAAAAAUUUAUGUGACGAUGACAAAGAAUUUCUCUUCAUCGCUGUUCAAUGCGUCAGAGCAAUUCCUAUAUGUUCGUGCGUUCCAUAUCUGCGAAAGUUAAAUAAAAGAGGAAUAAUGUUCUCAACAAAA